CGCGGUCCGGGAAGGGCACCGAGGGCGCGGCGACGGCUGCCUCCCCUUGCCUGUACCGUUGUAUCGAGUGCAACCGGGAGGCCCGGGAGCUGUACCGGGACUACAGCCACGGCGUACUCAAGAUAACCAUCUGCGUGAGCGCGCCGGGGGCGGGGCGCGGCCAGGGAGACGAACCCUAACGCUUGGUGGUUGAGGGCGAGGCGCGUAUGAUGGUGGGAAAGAGAAAGCAGGGGGUUCACGAGGACGUUAGCUAGACUUAUGACCCCCGGGAGUGCUAACGCAUUUCUGUGACUCCAGCAUUCCACUCGCAUGCCUGGCAGGAGGUAGAUCGCGAACUCGACGCCAGCCUGGGUUACCCUGAGAGACCCUGUCUCAAACGAAUGAAUGAGUGAUGGAGAGAGGUGUGAUUCCCUAGGGAAGUAGGCCCUGUAGCGGGAAGCGUGUCAUUCUCAUGUUGAGCCUGAGGAGGUGGAAUCAGUGUUUCAGGGCUGGUGCUCUAGAGAUGUCUCCUGUGUCUUCUCAGGGUACUUGUCAAUGAACUAGUAAAUGCACUGAAUGGAACAAUUUAACCAAGACAGAAAGCAUUCCCUACCGCCAGGGAUGUUGCUUAGUUGGUAGGGUGCUUGCUUGGCCCAAGUGCGUGAAAUCUUAGAUUCCAGCUCCACUACAUGAACCCGUGAGGCAUGGGGGUGCACACCUGUUAUCCCCGCAUUUGGGAGGUGGAGACAGAAGGACCUGAAGUUCAAAGCUGUUUGCGAGUGUGUGUGUGUGUUGAUAGCUAAACCCAAGGUCCCUGCCAGAACAGCACAACAAGUGUUCCUAACCACUGGGCCAUUUCUCCUGUCCCCUACACAAUGAUUUUGAGGACAGUCUGGCUUAGAGACCCUACAUCAAAUUUUUCUGUUUUUUACUAAAAGUAGUAAACUUCCAGAUAGUUGUUCUGCUCUGUGUGUGUGUGGUGUUUCCUUCUGUUCAAACCGAAGGCAAGAGGAAAGAGUAGAGGGGGCACUGAGGAGAUGGCAAGCAGUCCCAGUGAUCGAGGUCAGCUGACUGAAGCGAGGUUCCUAUCUGUGGGGUGCUGUGGAAGGAGGCUGGCAGCACACAGCAUAUCACCUGGUACUAGAAGUAACCUCUUUGGUUUCAGGUCACCAGCAUCCUUCAGAUGGCAUGGUGGCUUGCUUUCUUCCCCUUCUAACCCUGAGGGGAGAGAAUAGUGAGGCCAGGUAAUUCUUGGGGCCCAUGAAGCUCUGAGUCGGAGAGAGCGCUCUUGUGAUUUCCUAACAUCACUGCAUGGGCAUGAGCCUAACACAGGAUACCGAAGGAAUAGGAGCUGUGUGUCCUGAUGCCGGCUUUCCCUCCUACUUCCAAAAAUUAUCUGACUCCUAAUCUAAGUUUGGGGUGCUUUCUGAAAGUGGGAUUCAGAAAGGCACGUACCACCUUAACAGUUUUUUUUAAACAAUAAUGUUGCAUCUCUGGGCUUGAGCCUCAUGUGAGGAGAGGAGACAGGCAAAGGAAGGGGGAUCUGGGAAAGAGCUUUUGUCCUGAGUUUGUGGUUAAUCUUUAACUCAUUCUUUGCUCAGGUAAUCUGAAAAAAUAUGAACCUCUGUGCCUCCAUUUUGACAGAUAGAUUCACAUUUGAGGGAGUAGCACACCUACUGUUUGACCCGGUACCUGGGAAAACAUGUUAUUUCCUACAAUGGCGUGAGUUAAGUGGAGAAUCUAUUUUAUUGUGUUGAAGUACAGGGUGACAGCCCUCCAAUGCACUUGGCUUUCCUUCUAGGUUUUGAUGUAACUAAAAGGUGAUCCUGGUAUAUUUGUGUGCCUGUUAUUAUUAUUUCAGCUUCUCUCUUAUCCUGUCAGCCUUUCAGAAUGUUCUCUUUGGAAGCUGAGGGAGUCCUGAUUUGUGUGACAUAGACCCAGGCUGUACAACCCGAGUUCAUGCACAGCACAGCACUCUCCACUGUCUCUGUGGUAGGAGAGAAAGUGUGUGUGAGUGUGUGUGUGUGUUUCCCAGGUUCUUGAUCUCAUUGGAGAAAAUUCCAGGCUUUGGGUCACAGACAUUGUACCCUGAUCUUGAUCCAUCUGUGGCUCAGAAGCUAGAGAUAGGAACUUUGUUGAACACCUUCCUCCAAAUCCUGAGCCACGGUCUGUACCACAGCCUGUCAGCCAGUGUGUUAGUAAUUUGCUUUUUACAAAAUCAUACAAACCAAAAGUGGAAUUGAAAGAAUCUUCUGAAAUACUUUGUGCCUGCCAUGGUUUUUUAAAUCAAAUUCUUUUCUGAGCCGGGCGGUGGUGGCGCACGCCUUUAAUCCCAGCACUUGGGAGGCAGAGGCAGGCAGAUCUCUGUGAGUUCGAGACCAGCCUGGUCUACAAGAGCUAGUUCCAGGACAGGCUCCAAAGCCACAGAGAAACCCUGUCUCGAAAAACCAAAAAAACAACAACAACAACAAAAUUCUUUUCUGAUGUUAUUUUCUGUUUUGUUUUGUUCUUGAGGCAGGAUCUCCCUAGUCAGUGCAUGCUGACCUCAGACUCCUCCUGCCUCUGUGUCCUUAAUGCUGGGGUUAAGCUAUGUGUUACCACACCUGGCUUUCCUUUUGGAUUCUUGAAUAUAAAUUUAAAAUAUUACUAUUUUAGCUAAAAGCUAGUAUUUUGUCAUCAUGAAGCCACUUCUUACAUGGGUGAGCAUUUUUAAACUGAGGAUUUUAAAUAGAUGCUUAUACAUCUUGUCAUUGGGAAAGUUGGAAAUAGACUUUAAGUCCUUUAAAAUUUCAGAAUGUAUUAAUUUAUUUGCUCUGAUAUUACUUUGUUUUUUUUUUUUUUUUCAGAAAUCUUGCCAGAAGCCAGUAGACAAAUACAUUGAGUAUGAUCCUGUUAUUAUCUUGAUUAAUGCCAUUUUGUGCAAAGCUCAGGCCUAUAGGCAUAUUCUUUUCAACACUAAAAUAAAUAUCCAUGGGAAACUCUGCAUGUUCUGUCUGCUUUGUGAAGCAUACCUGAGGUGGUGGCAGCUGCAAGACUCAAGCCAGAGCCCAGCCCCCGACGACUUGAUCCGCUACGCCAAGGAGUGGGAUUUCUACAGGAUGUUUGUGAUUGCUUCUUUCGAACAAGCUGCCUUUUUUGCUGGCAUUUUUGCUUUCCUGUGGGUAGAGCAACCCACGACAGCAAAGAAGAAGUCCAACCUGGUCCUGCUCCUGAAAGCACUGCUGCUGUCCAGCUAUGGGAAGCUCCUGCUUAUCCCGGCCGUCAUCUGGGAGCACGAUUACACACCCUUGUGCCUUAAGCUCAUCAAAGUGUUUAUCCUGACAUCGAAUUUCCAGGCCAUCAGAGUGACUCUGAACACCAGCCGCAGGCUGUCCCUGCUGGCCGUGCUGAGUGGCUUGUUGCUGGAGAGCGCCAUGGUCUGCUUCUUCCAGAGGAUGGAGUGGGAUGUGGGCAGCGACUGUGCAGUCUACAAGCCUCAGGACUUCUGAAGCUUUACUCUUCACUCUGUGGCGGGACAGCUACCUCAAAGGAGAAGGCACGAGAGAAACAAGGUCGCCACUUUCUGUGAGUGGAGUGAAGUCAAGACUGGGGAUUUUUGAACAAACCCAGACACCCCCAGGAAGAUCUGAGCCAUCUAGACUCCAGGCUAAGAGCCCUGCAGUGACACACGGGCAGGCCCCGUGGUUUCCAGUAAGGAAAGGUCGCAGCUCGAUUCCUUUGACAUGUUUGUGUCCUUAAAUCUAAGUAUUACAUUGCUGUCUUAAAAAUCGUAUUUUGUGUUUUUCUGACGGAAGCACUUUUCU